AUGACAACUCAAGGGUCGAUUCUUUUUGUCGAUGCCUACGACUCAUUCGCCGAGAAUAUUGCUGCUCUUCUUCAUGAGCAGCUCCAGGUCCAAGUCACUCUAGUGAGGAUCGAUUGUGAUAUUCCAGCCCAGUUCAACCAGUCCCCACAGGCAUUCUUUACCAGCUUCGAUGCCAUAGUCCUCGGUCCUGGUCCUGGAAAUCCACACAAUGAAUCUGAUGUUGGUCUCUACAACAAAGUCUGGGCUUGCGCCUCAGACGACAACAUUCCGGUGUUGGGGAUCUGUCUAGGUUUCCAGAGUCUCUGCGCUCGGAAUGGAGUCCCUGUCGUGCGUCUGGAUCUGCCAUGUCAUGGACAUGCCAAGGAGAUAUGUCAUGCCGAUAGUGAUAUAUUCCCUCAGUCGGGGAGAAUCAUUGCCACGAAUUAUAACAGCCUGGGAGUCCGCACGAGCGAUCUCAAGCGGAAUGGGACACCGAGUCGUCCAAGUUCGUCUGCCUCCAGCGACAGCACAUCGUCUCUGCGAAGUCUGCCAUCUACCGUGUCAUCACGAUACCAGACCUGCAACAGUCUCGAAAUCCUAGCCUGGGAUAAAGAUGAUUGGGUCAUGGCAGUUAGGCACAAGCUUCUCCCGUUCCAUGGCCUCCAAUUCCACCCUGAGUCAUGCAAGUCUAGUUUCACUUGUCACAAGCUUAUCAAACAGUGGUGGGAUGCCACAAGAAUACACAAUGCAGCCCACCGAGAUUUUGUCUCUGUGCAGCGAGUGGCUUCUCCCAAGCUCGCGCAAGCAACUCUUACUCGCGAGAGCGAGGCCUUGUCUAGAGAGCUGAACUCUCUAUCAAAGUCGUGCAAUGUUACUGCAAGCCAGAGGUCUCUACAUCUGCCUGCCGGGAGCAGGGUCAUUGCAAGUUUGUGCCACCAGCAAUCUCCGCCAAACGCUACCGUGAUGCUAGAGUCAACCAAAAUGGGUCAGUAUAGCAUAUACGCCUUCCCUGAUGAAUACAGCUUUCACUUGCAGUACGCUCGGGGUUGCACUACAGUCAAACAAGGCUCUGGCCCUUCUGCCAACUUCAUACUCGCUCGGGAAAAUGCGGUGGAUUGUCUGGAAUCUUUCCUUUCCAGCAAAUCUUUUCAAUUUGAUGGUUUAAAGGAAGUCCCAUUCAGAGGCGGGUUUAUGGGUUUUCUGUCAUAUGAAUUCGGAACGGCGUCUUUGCAACUUGAUGUGCCAGAGCACACCCGUCCACCAAUUCCUACGCCAGAGAUCAGCCUUCUUUGGGUGGAGCGCAGUAUUGUCUUUGAUCAUUCUACAGGGAUGGCUUACGUGCAAUCGAUAAGAGCAAAUGACGACUCUUGGGUCGAUGAAAUGGUCAAUGAGCUAAGUACUACACCUCUGUCCAAUACAGCGGCGGUUCUGGGUCGAUCAGAGACCGACAGAUUGCACCAAAUUUUGUCCUCGACAACCUUCAACCUCCCAGACCACGACACAUAUAUUUCUCGGAUUCGCGCAUGUCAAUCUGAGCUUCUCGCCGGCAACUCAUACGAACUAUGUCUCACCACUGAAGCCACCGUCACGACCCCCGCUGUCCCCAACGCCUCCUGGCUGCUCUACAACAACAUUCAACGAUACAACCCUGUUCCCUUCGCCUCGUUCAUCCGUCUCGACAAAACCACCAUUCUCUCGUCUUCACCGGAACAAUUCCUCUCUUGGUCCGCCAAAAACGGCACAAUCGACAUGAUCCCCAUGAAAGGAACUGUCAAGAAGACUCCAGAGAUGACCCGCGGCAAAGCCGUCGCAAUCUUGUCCUCGGCGAAGGAAAGUGCCGAGAAUCUCAUGAUUGCGGACCUCAUCCGACAUGACCUGUACAGCACCGUGGGUCGCGACGCGAAAGUUGAGGUAGUGAAAUUGUGCGACGUGGUCGAGUCCGAAACCGUCUUUUCGCUCGUCUCACAUAUUCGUGCGCACGUCCCAGUAUCUGCCGAAACGGAUCGGAAGGCCGAUGAACACGCGAAAGAGAUGACAAGAUACGGCGUGAGGGCACUGACGCACACGCUCCCGCCGGGAAGCAUGACGGGCGCUCCGAAGAAGCGGUCAUGCGAGAUCCUCCACGGUCUGGAGCAGAGAGAGCGUGGCGUCUACUCGGGCGCCAUCGGGUAUAUGGACGUCGGUGGCAAUGGCGCUUGGUCGGUGUGUAUACGCACUGCUUUUUCCAACGACGACGAGAACGAGAAGGACCAGAGCACUGGUGAAGAGUUGCAGAAGUGGCGAAUCGGUGCAGGGGGAGCGAUUACCGUGCUCAGCGACGAGGAGCAGGAAUGGGAGGAGAUGGUGACCAAGUUGGAGAGUGUUCUACGAGGCUUUCAAGCGGAUUGA